AUGGCUCCAAAAUCCAGUUCCUCGAAGAAAUCGAGUGGAUCACCCACAACUGCAGAUGCUGCUAAAGUGCCGAAAUUUAAGCUGCCGGUACAGUUCAUUGCAAGACCGCUUAACAAUAAAGAUUAUCAGAAUGCUUGUGUUGCAGUGAUCCAUCCAAAGGUGUUGAAAGAGCUCCAAAUAACUGCUGGGUCUAUUUGUGCUAUUUCUAAAAUUGGCAGUAAUGCAAUUGCUGUUCAGGCAAAAGCUGGUGACGAGGAUUCUCUUUCCACCAACGUAAUUCUCUUGUCUGCAGAAUUACGUGCUGUCGGCAACAUUAUACUUGGGGAUAGGCUAGAAUUGAGAAAGAUGCAAAAGCAACCGUUAUACUCGUCGAAGGUAACAAUCGGAUCUUUGGAAGGAGAAGAAAUUACGGAUCCUCAAGAACAAAAGAGAAUUACCAAGUUACUUGACGACUGUGGGCUUGUUAUGCCUGGUCUUUCGUUUAAGAACUUUUUAAGAGGGGAGACGGAUAGUUCUAUUAGCGUCUUGAUUACAGAUGUUGAAGAUACAAACCUGCCUAACAUAUCAAAAGUGUCAUUACAGGAUUCGAUUCCGGAAGAUGAUGUAUUCUACCUUUCCCCUCCUGUUAUAUUUCAGAGGGGCUCUACAAGCGUGAUUUUUACUAAGGCAAACUCGGUCAGCUCAAAGUAUCAUUUACCAGAGCCAGUUACGUACAAUUCAGUUGGGGGUCUUUUCUCAGAGAUUGAAAUACUCAAGAACACGAUAGAGUUGCCGUUACGUCAGCCUCAAUUAUUUACUGAUUUUGGCGUUACUCCGCCUCGUGGUAUAAUGUUGCAUGGUCCUCCUGGUACAGGUAAAACAAUGAUAUUGAGAUGUGUUGCCCAUAGUACAAAUGCACAUGUUUUAACCAUUGACGGACCUUCUAUUGUGUCAAAAUACCUGGGCGAAACAGAAGCAACGUUGAGGGAUAUAUUCAAUGAGGCAGUAAAAUACCAACCUUCCAUUGUUUUCAUUGACGAGAUCGACUCUAUUGCACCCAAUAGAGCCAACGAUGAUUCAGGAGAAGCAGAAAGUAGAGUGGUUGCUACUCUUUUGACUUUGAUGGACGGAAUGGGGGCAUCUGGAAAAGUUGUCGUCAUCGGCGCCACAAACCGGCCAAAUUCUGUUGAUCCUGCUCUAAGAAGGCCGGGAAGAUUUGAUCAAGAAGUUGAAAUCGGUAUCCCGGAUGCAGAGGCAAGGCUAGAUAUUUUGCAUAAACAGUUCCAGAGAAUGUCAUCAGAUCGUCAAGAACUGACCGAGGAAGAUAUAAAAACAAUUGCAUCUAAAACACACGGUUACGUCGGGGCUGAUCUUUCUGCACUGUGCCGUGAGGCUGUAAUGAAAACAAUUCAACGAGGCAUCAACAACACACUUGACCGCGAACAGUUAAAGGUGACCAUGCUUGACCUGGAGAAUGCAAUGCUUGAAGUGAGACCAAGUGCCAUGAGGGAGAUCUUCUUGGAAAUGCCAAAAGUGUACUGGUCGGACAUUGGUGGCCAAGAUGAACUGAAGCGUAAACUGAAGGAGAUGAUUCAACUACCAUUGGACGCGUCAGAAACAUUCGCCCGUUUAGGUGUUAGCGCACCAAAGGGUGUGUUAUUAUACGGUCCUCCAGGCUGCUCCAAGACUUUGACAGCGAAGGCGCUGGCUACGGAAUCAGGCCUAAAUUUUCUUGCUGUCAAAGGUCCCGAGAUCUUCAAUAAGUACGUUGGUGAAUCAGAGCGUGCUAUAAGGGAAAUAUUCAGAAAGGCGAGAGCUGCCUCUCCAAGCAUCAUAUUCUUCGAUGAAAUAGACGCCCUGUCUCCAGACAGGGACGGGGAGUCUACAAGUGCGGCUAACCAUGUUUUAACUUCGUUAUUGAACGAGAUUGAUGGUGUGGAAGAGCUAAACGGUGUUGUAAUCGUUGCCGCUACGAACAGACCCGACGAAAUAGACCCGGCUUUGUUGAGACCUGGCCGUUUGGACAGGCAUAUUUACGUUGGUCCGCCAGACUAUGAUGCUAGAUUACAGAUUUUGAGGAAGUGCACUUCGAAAUUCAACAUAGAAUCAAGUGGAGUUGACCUGGAGGCUUUGGCACAGAAAACAGAUGGCUGUUCAGGUGCUGAAGUGGUAUUACUUUGCCAAGAAGCUGGGUUGGCGUCGAUCAUGGAGAAUGUGGAAACGGAAAAGGUCAGCACCGAGCAUUUUGAGAAAGCGCUCCGGGAUUUGUCUCGUGGUAUCACUCUAGAUAUGCUCGAAUACUAUCAAGCUUUUGCCUUGAAAAGUGGAGUCACUUUGUAG